AUCUGUGCACAGUGGACACAACAUUGGGUACAACCUAUACGUGACAAAUAGUUCUGUUUUUAAAUUGUAAUUUAAUUUAAAAAUUUCUCGUAUGGGAUGAAUGAAGAGUUAAAUUGUUUAUUUUAUGCAACUGUUAUGUUAUUAUUUAUCAUUAUUAUAUAAUAUGCAAAAAUUAGAAUACUUUGUAUAAAAUUAGGCCUGUAUAGGCCACUCAUUUAACUCAUUGGUCACUGGCCUUGAAACAUGACAAUUCAUAGCUAGUCCUCCCAGAUUAGAUUGAAGGGCCGUUUAUAUGGUGACUCUCCGACAAUACGAAAAAUUUCAAAUUUGCAUUUAUAUGGGCCCGUCUCCAUUCGAACAAUGUCGCAAUUCCGCAUGAAAACGAUGUAGUAUUCAUGCCAAGCCCUAGGGGGCAGUCCAGAUUUACAAGGCGACAGCGAAUAAUGCACUUUGACCCCACCAAGCUCCUCAACCCGGAAAAAAAUAUGAACGCCCACUCGAAGCAAUGGCAUUUUUCUUUUGUUCAAAAAGGCACAAAAAUGGAAACAUUCAACAUAUUUAAUUUAAAAAUAUUAUUAAAACAGUAAAUUAAAGCCGAAAUUCCACCAUAUUUGCUGUUUUUAAUGUUUAGUAGCACCGCUGCGCAUGCCCAAUGGGACGUGUACGAGUGCUGACGUUAUUGGCGCGGUCUCGCGCCGUGGGAGCCUUUGAUAUGCGUGUCGUCAUGGAUUCAGAAUUUUUCGUCUUUGCCUUCCGUCUUCGCCAACACCAUAUGCACGCAAGGCCAUUCUGCUACUCAGUCAUUGCGUCUUUGUGUUACAGAGUCGCCAUAUAAACUGCCGCUAAAUGGAAGUCUAUCGUUGUCAGUGGUAUUCAACGAGUUGAAUUUUGUCUCUUUUUAUUCAUAUUAAUUUCAUUGUUAUUUUUUUUAAUCAACAUUUUAUCCAUCUAUAAUUGUGUUUAUUCAUAAAAUUAUGAAAAAAAAUAAAGAUACCAAUUGUAUACAGUAUACAGUGAGGAAAAGAAGUAUUUGUGACUUGUAAGUUCACCCACUUAGAAAAUAGGUAGAUGUCUGAAAUUCCAAUUAUAGAUGCAUUUGCACUUAUAGAGACAUAAUCUUAAAAUAAUCACAUUGUACGAUUUUUGAAAAAAUUAUUUGUAAUUUACGGGGCUUCAUACGUAUUUGUACCCCUGAGAAUGAGCAAUAAUUAUGACACUCAAAGAGUUGUCAGUCUACCUUAAAAAAGUCCCUCUUUACCCCAUCAGUAUCCACCCACCCACCACCCAUUUCAACUCAAUAUUGUCACCUGUGCACCCAACAGUCAGUCAAUCCAACUGCUACCAUGGGCAAGACCAGAGAGCUUUCGAAAGACACCAGAGAAAAAAGUUGUUGAGCUCCACAAAGCUGGAAAAGGCUAUGAGAUAAUUGAAAAGCAGCAUAGUGCGAAUAAAUCAACAGUUUCAGCAAAUUUUAGAUAAUGGAAAAGGCUAAACAUGACUGAUAAUCUUCCUCGGAAUGGGGCUCCAUGUAAAAUCUCUCCUCGUGGGGCAUCAUUAAUGAUGACAAAAGUGAGGGCUCAGCCUAGAACUACACGGCAGGAGCUGGUCAAUGACCUGAAGAGAGCUAGAUGCACAGUUUCAAAGGCUACUGUCAGUAAAACACUGCAGUGCAAUGGUCUAAAAUCAUGCAUUGCUCAGAAGGUUCCCUUGUUGAAGCCAGUACAUGUAAAGGUCCGUCUGAAGUUUGCCAGGGACCAUCUGAAUGAUGCAGAGGGGUCAUGGGAGAAAAUCAUGUGGUCAGAUGAGAUCAAAGUAGAACUUUUUGGUCCAAACUUUGCUCGUCGUGUGUGGAGGGAAAAGAAGUAUGAGUACAAUCCCAAGAACACCACCACCACUGUGAAGUAUGGGGGUGGACACCUCAUGCUUUCCGGCAAAGGGGACAGGACGACUGUACUGUAUAAAGCAGAGGAUAAAUGGUGAAAUGUAUUGUCAGAUUUUGAGCCACAACAUCCUUCCCUUAGUCAGAGACUUAAAAAUGAGUCGUGGCUGGAUCUUCCAACAUGGCAAUCAUCCAAAGCACACAGCCAAGCUGACCAAGGAGUGGCUGUGUAAAAAGCUUAUCAAUGUUAUGGAGUAGCCUAGCCAGUCUCCAGACCUCAAUCCAAUAGAAAAUCUUUGGAUGGAGCUGAAACUUUGUGUUUCUCAACAACAGCCCCAAAACAUGACAGACCUAGAGACGAUUUGUGUGGGGGAAUGGGUCAAAAUCCCUGUUUCCAUAUGUGAAAAUCUUGUGAAGAAGUAAAGAAACCAUCUGACCUCUGUAAUUGCAAACAAAGGCUUCUGCACUUAAUAUUAGCACUGAUUUUCUCAGGGGUACAAAUACUUAUGAACCCCAGUAAAUUACAAAUAAAUUAUUGAAAAAUCAUACAAUGUAAGUUCCGGAAUUUCUUUUCUCGAUUAUCUGUCUAUAAGUGGAAAUGCAUCUACUGUAUGAAUGAAAUUUCAGACCUCUACCUAUUUUCUAAGUGGGUGAACUUGCAAAGUCCCAAGGAGUGCAAAUACUUCUACUUCUCACUGUAUGUCUGGUAUUGUAUUUUGUAUUUUUCUAUAUCAGCAUUGUUUGGCCUUGGCAGAGGUCUCUUGUGAGGGCUGGUUGCCCCAAAUGUUGUGACCCCAUUGUUAGAGUGUUUCUUAUUCACCUCCGCUGCCCUCUGAGACAAUCCAGAGCAACGUGGUCGUCUAAGCAAACCAUCAUGUUUAGUUAACAUGUGUGUAAUGUCACCCUGUCAACCCCCCUCAACAAAUUACAGUGUGGGUCACCCUCACUGAUUAUGUCAUAGUAUACCACAUGUACAGACCUACUAUAUAUACAUUUUACACGAGCUUUGUGCCAUGCCUUAUGUCAACCUCACAUUCUUAUCAUGCUUUUGUUCCCCCCGGCGACUACGGGGCAAUGAUAAAAGGUUGGGUGUAUCUGUUAUGAACCUCCCCAACUUCCUACGCCACUUUAGAUGUCCCCCGCUGUCACGAUGGAUAAGCUGCAAGAGAGCUGGAAGUUGUACAUGGACGAGUGCGAGCACAACAACAGCAGAGCUCCACCCAGCACUGUGCUUGUGUGCAACAGAACAUUCGACAAGUACGCCUGUUGGCCCGACGGACUGCCCAACACGACAGUCAGCGUGUCGUGUCCGUGGUUUCUGCCGUGGUACCAUAAAGUUCAGCAUGGACUGGUGUACCAAGACUGUGAUGCUAAUGGCCAGUGGCUUACUAAGAACACCAGCGAGUGUGACUCCAGCGGGCCCAGUCAGGAAGCUGCACUGCAUGAGAAACAACAUCCACAUGAACCUGUUUGCGUCCUUCAUCCUGCGAGCAUUGUCUAUUCUUAUUAAAGACGCCCUGAUGGAGGCCAACAUCACAUCCCAGGACUUGAGUUGGGACCAAGAGCAAGGGUUCUCCCGGGCCUCUCUGUCACCCGUGGACUUGCUAGUUGACAAUGAGAUUACUGUCAGCUGUCGCGUCGCAGCGGUGAUGAUGCAGUACAGCAUCUUGGCCAACAGCUACUGGCUCCUGGUUGAGGGCAUCUACCUCCACAACCUGCUUGUCAUCACCGUGUUUACAGAGAGGAACUACUUCCAGAUCUACUUGUGCAUCGGCUGGGGCACACCGUUAUUAUUCCUUGUUCCCUGGGUGAUUGCGAAAUACCUCUACGAGAAUCACGAGUGCUGGGGCCAGAAUAUAAACAUGAGCUACUGGUGGAUUAUACGCUCCCCCAUAUUGGUGGCAGUUGUGAUCAACUUCCUGAUCUUCAUCCACAUCAUCAAAAUUCUCGUGUCCAAAUUGAGAGCCCAUCAAAUGAGAUACACGGAUUACAAAUUCAGGUUGGCCAAGUCGACUCUCACCCUUAUCCCUCUGCUGGGCAUCCAUCAGGUGGUCUUCAUUUAUGUAACGGAUGAAGCCACUGAAACUACCAUCGGGCUGCGGCUCACUAAGCUGGUCAUUGACCUUUUCUUCUCCUCCUUCCAGGGUCUCCUGGUGGCCAUCUUGUACUGCUUCGUCAAUAAAGAGGUUCAGUCGGAGGUCCUGAAAAAGUGGAAGCGCUGGAAGCUGGGUCGAAACAUCGAGGAGGAAUACCGCCAUACGUACAGCAACACGCCCAACACCAAGACGGCCAGUCUGCUCAACCACGUUUCCCAGCGGCUGCCCCAGCACGAGCAAUCGAUGCCCGUCUGCGGCCCCGAGGAGUGGCACGCCCUGGUGGCCAACGGCAAGGCGGCGGGUCCGCUUGGAACCCAACCAGUGGAGGAUGUGAGCCUUCUUGACAAGGCCAAAAACGAGAACGCCGAGAGCAACCACUGACUUGAAGCUGAACAGCGAAGACUGUGGCUGGGAUGAGCUGGCAGUUGAGGAACGGGCAACGUGCGGUGCGGCAAGACGAGCCAUUUAAAAAUAAUACAACGUUGAGACCUCACACAGCUAUUGAAAAAAAAAAGACUUCAUAUGAGCCUCUGCUUACGUUUGUGUAAAUGAACACAAAACAAUCUAGAUGGCACUUAGUCUUGUGCAGAAGACGCUUGGUAUGGUAUAAAAACAUUCAACGUGGCCGCCAAAACGUACGUAGUGUAGCGAUUAUGUUUUCACUCAUUGCAUCAUCUAACUAGGGUACGUACAGUAUGAGCCAAAUUCUUUGGAUCAAAUUUAAUCACACGCUAAUAUUCGCUCCUUCACUGCCAUUGGCAGCGAUAGACGCUCAAUCCAUAUUGAGUAAGGGGCUGGCAGGGAAUGAUCGCUGUCAGAUUCUCCCAGUCAAAAUGGAAUGGACGCCUGUCACUGUCAAUGGCAGUCAAUGUUAAAAGGAUAAAGAAAAUCCUAUCAAACACCAGCAAGUUAAGCCAAGCUAUGUUAAGAAUUUUAUCAUUCCAAUUCAUUAUUUAUUGAGAAAUGUGAAUUCACAAUAGGUUGUUUUAACCUAAAAAAUAUACAUUGUGCUGAUUUUGCUCUAGUGACAUUAGCAAGCGCACCGCGUUCAUGGGAAAGUGGCAACUGCUCUGGCCAGGUCAUUCCUGGUUUACAUGUGGAACACCCCCCAGCAAAGAGGUCAAGGGAGGCUAUGGGAUGAAGUAUAAAUAACGCAUAAUUGCUUCUGCAGCCUUCAAAGUGCUUCUGUUGCUAAAUCUGACUGCCACACAGAUGUCCAAUCCAUUCGAAUUGGGAUUGGCACAAAACAGUUUUUAAGAAGUCAUUGUUGCGUGUUAGUGUCCGAGUUGCUUUCUUGGGACAAUUCAAAACAGUUUAGUGCCGAUUAAACAGGGAUUUAUGCUGAUCAGGAAAAAACAUUAGUUGACAUACCUGUAUUAUCUCAGUUUUCUGUAAACAUUCAUGAGUCAAAUGAAUCGCACAUCAAAUGCGCUAAACACAAGGGCGUAGGUUUGCAUAGGGACGGCAGGGACAUAACACUACCAACUUUUCAGGAUGCUCAAAUUGUCCCCACCAACUUUUAAGCAACCUUGUUUGCAUUAUACAAUUAAUCCAGUUAGGGUGGUAGUGAGGGUUCACUUAUUUUUCCCCCGUCUGUCAUUGUUUGCAUGCUAUCCUCAUUAAAAUAUGAAAACCUAUAAAUGUUUAGGUGGUUUUAGUUAAAGCAGACACUGUAUUUUCAUCUGUGUGGUUUUGACAAAGCUCAGAUCACAUUUGAUGGUGAUUUUACGCAGAAAUGUGAGAAAUUCCAAAAGGUUCAGAUACUUUUUCAUACCACUGUAUAUUGGUAAUUUAGUCUUCCCAUAUGUUGUCAAGGUAGAAUUGACCCUACCAUUAUUAAGUGAACUAUUUUCAUUAUGUUGGGACUUGCAUUGACCCCUUUUCACUUGCUGGAUGUGCCGGUCCAUUUUGUCCCCUCAAACGCAUGUUUGAUUGGCUGAGGACUAAAUUCCCCCAUACACACACACCCUCACACAACCCCGACAGAAAUACACGUCAAAUUGCCGCUUCCUCUGCCCCCUUCGAAGAGAAGAGAUAUUAGAAAAAAAAAUUGGGACAGAAGUUGAAACAGCCACUGUAAUCAGUGUAAAAAGACGUCAGUGUUAUGGAGAUGGGGAACACGCUACUAAUUCUCCUGUAGUAAGUCCAACCUGCAUCAGUUAGCAUAACAUUAACUUGCUAACCUGCAAAACUUGAGUCGGAAGCUGCUUAGAGAGAAUUGUCGUCCUGUAUGUGUUUUCUAUUGUUAAAGUUAAUGAAAUUGAGAAAUGUAGUGAACUCUGCUGGAAACUAUAGAACAGCAAAAUGUGAGAAGCUACUUAGAGAGCGGUCAUUGUGUUUCACAGGAAAGUGUUGACAGUCAAAAAAAAAAAAAACACAUGCUGCUGCUUUUCUUCUUGUAAACAGCCUGGUUUAGAAGAAAAGAGGGCUGGAUCAUGUUCUAUAAAAUAGCUUUCUUCCAUUAAAAUAAAAAUUUAUAUUUUUUCAUUUUUAGGUAGGAUACACAUCAGCAUAUUUGUGAGAAAUGUAGCCUUGCGCUUACCAAUGUUGAGACCAAACCUACGCCCUUGGCUAAACACCUAUUACAAAUGACCUUCAUGUGAAAGAUGUUUCUGCCCACGCUAACUAGCUUUUAUUGACAAAAUGACAACUUUUGCAAUAUUAUAAAUGAAAAUUGAUAAAAUAUUGCUCCAAGCCUGUCUUUCAAAUAUAUUUUUUUUAAAUACAAGCAUCAGAUUGAAAUUUAAACAUCAAAGCAACUUCAAGUGAGUUCAUUUCAUAACAUGAAAUGAAAACUGUAAAUAGCUAACGUUACUGGUUUAUUUUGCUUGUGAAAAUUGAUUGAACGAAUAAUACAUGGAUUCAUUUUAUGCCAGACCCUCUCAGUUGAAAUGGAUUGGAUGUCUUUUUCCGUCAAUGGCAGUGAUCUUGAUAAGGGGUGCGCUAUGACCAUACCCUUUAAAAAAAUAAAUGCCUCCCUGAAGAGUCUAAAGAAAAUGAAUGAAUGUCCACCCCAACUUUUGAGUGAUAGAUUAUUUAUUAACAAAAAAGUGUGUCUCAAUACUUUUUCUAUUAUUUCCCUAGUUGUGCAUAUUCGAGUAAAGAGUGCAAAUGCACAAAUUAUACAGCGUCACGAAAAUCAACGCGGCGUGUUAAAAGGUGCUUUUGCGCAAAGUUCAGGCUGUCGCGCAGAUUUUGCUGACACGCCGUGACUCUGCGUCUGCGGGCAAGUUGUUGCCAUAAAGGACUUAAGCAGAACUUGCUCAUGUCACAAGGGUUGCAACACAACAAGCACCUUGCCAUUUGCUCCUAAGGGGUUGGUGACGCUUUGGAACAAAAAGCUCAAGAAACAAAACAAAAAUCUUUUUGGUACAUUUUGUUUUCCGUGUAUGACUAUAUGCACAGUGUUGUGUAAUAAUUUAUCAUGCAGUGCAUUCACCACUUCAUUAGCUGCAUACACACCAUCUCGUAAUGAAACGCAAUUUCAUUAUAGGCUAUAAAAAGACUUUUUAAAGCUUGCCUAUGGGAGAGAGGGGGUGCUCAAAGUCUUUUAGAAUAUUGAAAUAAAUUCAUUAGUAAACUUCAGAAUCAGAAAUACUAUCAUAAAACUAUCAAAGUUGGUGUAUUCUUUUUUAUGCUGUGUCUGGAGGUGAAGGUGCGCCAUCUUUGUGUGGACCCUCCUAACUCUGGACAAACAUCCUCAAAACGCACUUGGAAUUUGAAAAACCGUGACUGAUGUGUCCCCUUAAACAACCUAAAGUUGGCGCUAAAUCUGUCUAUAAUCACACUUAUCAGAAAAUCAAAGUAUUGUUGUAACCUACUUUUGAAGCUAUUUUAGCCAUUUUCAACUAUCCAACAGAUUGGAGCACCCCGUAUUGAAAAGAUACAUACAUGAAGGGAUAUAGUUCAACUCCUCUUUGUAUAAUUACGCGUGAUGUCUUUGUUAGCUAUUUUUUUAAUUACACAAAAGGGGGGGGGGGGCGUAAAAAGGGGUGCGACAAUGUUGUCAAAAUAUUGCAAAGAGUGUGCGAGUCCUGCCAACACUGAGCCUUUUUACACCUCUUUGAUAUCUAAACAGAUUUGUCACACCCCUAUUUUACAUCACACGUCCAAAACAAAACAAUGCAAAGCCUGUUUAUCAUCAUAUUUAGGGAAUAGACAUUUGUUUCAGUGCCAUUGAUGGCAAUGGACGUCCAAUUCACUUAACUUGAGAGUAAGCAGUGAUCAUUUACUGACAACCACUCCCAGUUCAAAUGAAUUAAAUGUCUACUGCGGUCAAUGAGUUAAGUAGCUUGCUAAUGUGGACAAAUUCAGUGUUUUUUCAGUUGACCACUAGAUGGUGGCAAUGGAAUUAUAUUGACACUGUGUAAAUUUGUCCAAAAAAGAAGAAUGAAAACAGUAUUUAAGCAUAGACUUCAUAAUGUAUUGACAGGACACCGGGCGCGGGGCAGAUUCAUAGGGGGCCUAUCUCCAUCAAAGCCGAGUGGAAACACAGACAAAGAGCUUUUUCCAUUGAAAAUUCUUCUGAAUAAAUGCUUAAAUCCGAUAAUUCUUUAUAGAUAUGAAGUUAUGAACGCAAAACAGUCUCAAUUUUUGGUUAAAAGCAAAAAACGUGCAGGUAGCAUUUAUUUUACGUAAGUAUUGCGAACUAUGAGGCUAGUCAGUAAGACAAUUAGCGGCCGCCAUAUGUAAACAAAGAGCUUUUUCCGUUGAGAAUUCUUGUGAAUAAAUGCUUAAAUCCCUGAAUUCUUUAUAGAUAUGGACGUAAAACAGUCUCGGUUCUUGGUUAAAAACCGAAAAAAACCUUGAAGGUAGCAUUUAGUUUACGUAAAUAUUGCGAACUAUGAGGCUAGUAAGUAAGGAAAUUAACGGCCGCCAUAUGUAAACAAAGAGCUUUUUCCGUUGAAAAUUCUUGUGAAUGAAUUCUUAAACCCCUGAAUUCUUUACAGAUAUGGACGUACAACAGUCUCGGCUCUUGGUUAAAAGCAAAAAAAAAAAAAACGUGCAGGUAGCGUUUAUUUUACGUAAAUAUUGCGAACUAUGAGGCUUGUCAGUAAGGAAAUUAGCAGCCGCCAUAUGUAAACAAAUUCUUGUGAAUAAAUGCUUAAAUCCCUGAAGCUGUUAUAGAUAUGGACGUAAAUCAGUCUUGGUUCUUGGUUAAAAGCAAAAAAAACAACAAAAAAAAAACGUGCAGGUAGCAUUUAUUUUUCGUAAAUAUUGCGAACUACAAGGCUAGUCAGUAAGGAAACUAGCGGCCGCCAUACAUAAACAAAAAGCUUUUUCCGUUGAAAAUGUUUGUAAAUAAAUGCUUAAAUCCCUGAAUUCUUUAUACUGUAGAUGUGGACGUAAAAGAGUCAAUUCUUGGUUAAAAGGAAAAAAAAAAAACGUGCAGGUAGCAUUUAUUUUACGUAAAAUAUGCGAAGUAUAAUGCCAAUGCUGUAGCGGUUAAUUUCUCCCACUGAUUUUUUUCACAAUGUUUCAAAAUGCAAGCAUGGUACGAAAAAUAUAAUAAUUACCUUGAAUGUUCGAACAAAUAACUCCUGAGACAAUCCUUCCUGUUUGUAUGCAGUACAGUUUUCGUGUUUUUUCAACCUAAAUCCGGCGUUAGAUCGCUGUAUGUGACCGAUUGCCAAUAAAUGAAGCGGAGUGUUGGACGGCCCACUUCGGGAAGGUGUGACACAGUGAAUGGGGAACGUGUCAUGUCAAUACAUUAUGAAACCUAUGAUUUAAGAUAAAUAUAAAAAUUUUUUUAAAAAAAGGGGGGGGAGGGGUUACCGUACGAUCCAGUAUAUUGACACAGUGGUGCUGCUGCAUGGAAGCACUGUGUUCCGUUUUGUUAUGUUGUGCACUAUUGAGUCAUAAAAUAUAAAUAUAUGUAUAUAUAGCGUCAGUGGGGUCCAUGUAUCCUUUUAUUGCAGAUCAAUAAGCUGUGACCUGAAUGUUGUUGUUGUUGUUGUUGGGUCACUUCACCUUUUUCUAUUUGAAUGUAUUCUCCAAAAUGUGUUUCUCUUCAAAGUGUACAGUAUAUUUGGUGUGAGUGCUCAGGUGUAAACAGUUGCUCAUUAUACUGUAUGUGUAUAUUGUGUCCAAGAUGGUGGAAGAAUAAAAUUGCAGUGUCAAAUCA